GUUCACGUGACUCGGCACGUGACUGGACUGCACUUUCCCUCACUUCUGCACUUUCCCUCUCCGGUCGAAAGCCGGCCAUCACUUUUUCAAUUUUCAAAUUUUCAACUAUAAAAUCAUAAAUUAAACCCUAAUUUUUCACAAAUUCCCCAAAAUCACAAAACUGCUGGCCCCGAUCCCGAUUAGGGUUCAUCAACUCCUGUUACCCCCGAUGAAAAUCCCCUAAAGCCUCCUAAAUCGUCGAUGGAUUUCACCGAAUUGGAAGCGAUCGAGGGUUUGCGUUGGCCGUGGCACUCAUGGCCGCUCUCGAAGCCCGAGGUCUCAGCUUUGGUCGUUCCACUAUCGAUUAUGUGCACUCCGCUGAUGCCGUUCAGCGAGCUGCCGAUCCUAGCUCACGAGCCGGUGAACUGCUUCCAAUGCGGCGCGGUUUGGAACCCCUACUCCCGCAUCGAUUACACCACUAAAAUCUGGGUUUGUCCCUUUUGCUACCGGAGGAACCCGUUUCCGAGAUCGUAUGAUCAUAUCAACGAGAACAAUAUACCGGCGGAGCUCUUUCCGACUUACAGCACCGUUGAGUAUCAUCUGGGUCCGGCGCCGAGCUCGGGCCUGGGCCUGGGCAUGGAUUCGGGCUUAGGGCGGACUGCGAGUGGGCCGUUGAGGUCGAAUAGCGGUUCGUUCUCGAAUGUUUCUGCUGCUUAUUCGGGCACGGGGGAGUGGAGUGGGGUUAGUGGUGGAGUCGGGGUUGGACCGGCAUUUGUGUUUGUCGUGGAUGGUUGCUCCUCGGAGGAGGAUUUAGGGGCUUUGAAGGGUGAGUUGCUGCAUAUUAUUGCACGUUUGCCGGAGAAUGCUUUGGUUGGUCUUGUGGUUUUUGAUGCAAUGGUGAGGGUAUAUGAUUUGGGAUUCACAGAUUGUUUGAGAGCUGUGGUGUUUCAUGGAGGGCGUGAGGUUUCGUCUGAAAAGGCCAAAGAGCUUCUUGGGCUCCAUCACAUGAAGCAAUCUAUUGGAAAGACUUCAUCAGUACAAAAGCAAGGCUUUCUAGUUCCAGUAUCUGAAUAUGAAUUCAAUAUCAUCACAGCAAUUGAAGAUAUCCAUUCUUCACCUUUGGUCAAGACAGGACAUCGACCUUUACGGUGUACAGGGGUUGCGAUCUCAGUAGCUGUUGGAUUGUUAGAAGGAUGCUUGAUAAAUACUGGUUCACGUGUGAUGGUCUUCACAACUGGACCUGCAACAGUUGGCCCAGGAAUGAUUGUUGACUCAGAUUUUGGCACUGCUAUUAGAACUCACCGUGAUCUCAACAACGGUUAUGCUUCCUACCCUAGAAAAUCUUGCGAAUAUUACAAGCAAAUAUCUCAAAGAUUGUCAGAGUCGUCCAUCAUUCUUGAUCUGUUCGCCUGCUCUCUGGAUCAGGUCGGAGCAGCUGAGUUAAAAGUCCCAGUUGAAAGCUCCAAUGGUUUCAUGAUGUUAGGAGAGUCGUUCGAAUCAGAGGAAUUCAGAAAAAGCUUGCGCCACAUGUUUGAUCGUGACAGUGAUGGAAAUUUAGAGAUGGCUUUUGAUGUGACCAUAGAGAUAGUGACUACCAAAGACGUGAAAAUUUGUGGAGCACUUGGACCUUGCAUCUCUCUCCAAAGGAAGAAUGAUACAGUGAGCGAGAAAGUGAUUGGUAAAGGUGGUACCUACAUUUGGAAACUGGGUACAAUCACCAGCAAAACAUGCAUUGCUUUCUUCUUUGAAGUUGCAGACGAACAGAAAUCUCAACCGAGCUCGGCAUUUUUCAUUCAGUUCAUAACACAAUACAGAUAUAGUAACAUGGGAAUUCGGAAGAGGGUGACCACUGCUGCAAGAAGAUGGGUGGUGAAACACUCCCCAGAAAUCGCUUCAGGAUUCGACCAGGAAGCUGCUGCUUCAGUUAUGGCUAGACUUGCCAUCAACAAGACAGAAGAAAUGUUCGCUCACGAUGUUAUCAGAUGGCUGGAUAAGAUGCUGAUACGUUUUGCAUCUAAAUUUGGUGAUUAUGUGCCGGAAGAUCCAUCAACCUUCCGCCUUUCCACCAACUUCUCCCUCUUUCCACAAUUUAUGUAUUACUUGAGAAGAUCCCAAUUCAUGGAUGUCUUCAACAGCACUCCAGAUGAGACGGCUUAUUUCCGGCUGAUGUUAAACCGUGAAGGGGUGGUGAAUUCUCUUAUCAUGGUGCAGCCAACCCUGUUCCAGUAUUCAUUUGACGGGCCGCCUAUCCCAGUUGUUUUGGAUGUGUGCUCCAUCUCUCCCGAUGUAAUCUUACUUUUCGAUUCCUUCUUCCAUGUCGUCAUCCACCAUGGCUCUAAGAUUGCACAAUGGAGAAAGCUCGGGUAUGACAAGGAUCCGAGCCAUGAAAGUUUUAGGGAACUCUUGGAAGCUCCGGAGCUUGAUGCCGAGCAACUGGUGGCCGGACGGAUCCCAGUCCCAAAAUUCAUCAAGUGUGACCAGCACAGCAGCCAGGCAAGGUUUCUUCUUGCUAAGCUAAAUCCAUCCGUCACUCAGAAUUCGACGUAUUCUGAGGGUUCGGAGUUUAUAUUCACCGACGACGUGAGCUUGCAAGUUUUCAUUGAGCACUUGCAAGCCCUAGCUGUGCAGGGUUAGGGUUGAUUGAAAAAUCAUACACAAAAACGAUGAUUGUAUAUGUAUUCAAAAAAAGUGUGUCGAUAGUUUUGGCCUUUGUUGUAGAUUGGUUUUCUUGGAUUUUGCUGGUUGUAGCUGUUGCACUUGAUGAGAUACAUUAGAGCCAUGAUUAGCCAUCAAUUUGCAUGCAAAAGUUUUGUAGAGUGGAAAAUCGAUUAUAAGACAAAAAAGAUAUGUGAAAUAUAUUUGAUUUUUUU